AUGGCAAGAAAUGUUGUUUGGACCCUGAUGCCUGUUUUGCUUUUGAUGGGUGUGGCAGAUGCAAUGGAUCCUUUGACAGAACUGAAAAACAUUGCAGGAAAGUUGGUCUUCUAUCAAAUGGAUGGGAAUGCCACUUAUGUGAGAAACACAGGAGAGCUUGCUUCAUAUAUUCCCACUGAAACCAUGUUUGAACUGUUUGAUCCUCAGAAGAAUUUUACUAACGCCAAGUUCUCCUACACAUGGGACUUAGGAAAUGGAGAGGUGAUUCAGGGGACAGAGCCAGUAGUGAGGUAUCAUUAUGCAGCAUCAGGAAACUACACACUCAAGCUUAAAGUCGGAGUCAGUGCGAACCAAACUGGGCCACAAGUGACUGGGGUUUAUUCAAUGGAUGUGACAGUGCUUGAUGCCAUCAAACAUAUUGAGCUGAAGGGGCCUUCAGACUAUGAAGUUUCUCAGAACAGCAGUUUGGCUGUUCAUGUCGAUGGAAGUCCCCCUAUGUGGGUGUGUUGGCGCUUCCUGCCUAACUGCGUCCCUGAUCCAAAUGGUGGCUGCACUCUGACCAUGCUGUAUGAGAACACUCUCUGGCUCAACCACACCUUCACCUCUACUGGGGUGCACUGCCUGGACAUCAGUGUCCGCAAUGAUAUCAGCAAACUGCAGACCUCCUUCAGCUUGUUUGUCAAGAGAAACAGUAAUGCUCACAUGAUAUUUAUCAUGGCCUGUGCUGCGGUCCUCGUGGCCACUUUCUCUUUCAUCACAGUCAUUGCCUGUCGCCCUCGAAGUCUCACCAGAACACCGCUGGCAUCCUCCAGUAAUGCCAUCUUCCUGAAGAGCCAGGACUCUGAGACUCACAGCCGGGUCAUGUUUAACUUCUUCAACACGGGCAAAGAAGAGAAACAACCUUUGCUUUUCCAGUGUGGAUCCCAGUAUACCUCAUAG